GAGAGAGAGAGAGAGAGAGAGAGAGAGAGAGAGAGAGAGAGAGAGAGAGAGAGAGAGAUCCUUCUUGGCACACACCCGUCAGUGUGGCAGUGAGAUUCUGACUGACUGGCUGACUGACGAGGGAUUCUGGAGGGAACACACAGGAAAGGGACGACACACUCUCCGGUUUUCUUUUUUCUGUCAUCGCUGCAGAUGGUUUUCUAGCUGCACCGCCUGUAUCCAUCUCAGCAUCGGAGUUUGCUUUAUUUAUUCUCUACUUGAUUGGCUGAACCAGGGGCUGAACCCAGUCAACCUGGGCCGGGCUGUGGGGCUGUUCAGCGAGCCUUAUAGCUGAAGUUGGCACCCGAGAUGAGCGCCUGGAGACCCGGGAGCGCGGCUCUCUCUUCGCCGGGGAGAGGGUCUGGGUCGUGGCGGUGCUGGUGGUGGUGGGUUGUGGUGAUCGGGGUGUCAGUGGGCUCUGGAGAUCCGUGGAUGUCCGCGGAGGCAUGCCCGUCGUCUUGCACUUGCAGCAGCACCAGAAUCUCAUGUGUGGACCCGGAGCGGGGUAUCAAUGCUUUCCCCGUCCUGCAGAGCGAGGCGGAGAUGGAGAACAUCACCGACAUUUACAUCGCUAACCAGAGCAGCUUCUCCUCCAUCAACGACAAAGACCUGCACUACUACAAGAAUCUCAGGAACCUAACGGUGAUCAACAGCAGGCUAACAUAUGUAUCUAAACUGGCCUUUCAAAACAACAUCAAGAUACAGUACCUGAAUCUGAAAGAUAACAACCUGUCAUCGCUGUCCUGGAGAAUAUUCAGACACCUCAACAUGUCUUAUCUGAUCCUGACAGGGAACCCUCUGCACUGCUCCUGUGAGAACAUGUGGAUGAAGCUGUGGUUAGGAGAGGAAGCAGACAUUCAGGAGCUGCGCUGCAUCGAGGAUGGAGGGGCACGCAAGCUGCUGUCCAGACUGACACUACCAAAUUGUGAGGUUCCCAUGGCAACGUUAAGCCCAUCCAAAGUGACACUAAUGGAAGGGAAGCACGUGGACCUGUCCUGUAUGACCUCUGGGGUGCCCUCGCCUGAGUUGAUAUGGAACAUGGCGUUGAUCUCCAACUAUGAGAUUGAGACAUCGGGCCAGAUUUCGAUGCUGCGACUCUCCAACCUGUCGUCGCUGGACCACAACAGCAAGAUUAGCUGUACAGCUGAGAACAUUGUUGGAGAAUAUGAGUCCUCGCUGAUGCUGGAUAUACUUUUUCCUCCUAAAAUCACUAAACUGACUGAUGCAAUCCCCGACCAUCACUGGUGCAUCCCCUUCAGCAUGUCAGGAAACCCGAAGCCGCAACUAAAGUGGUUUCUGGAUGGUGCAGCGGUGACGGAGGACGACUACAUCAUCACCAUGAUCCAUGACAUCACAGAGAGAGAGUUCCACGGCUGCCUGCAGCUGGACAGCCCCACACACCUCAACAAUGGGCGCUACACGCUCGUGGCAAAAAACAUAUACGGGACAGACCAAAAGGAGGUGGAGGCUCAUUUCAUGCGCAAGCCUUGGGAGGGACCGGAGAAGGAGCCUAUCUAUUAUGAUCUAACCACAGAGGACCCCCCUGUAGACCCUCCUGAAGACAGAGUCGCCGUGUACGUGGUGGUGGGCAUUGCUGCUGUCGCCUUCACUGGUUUCCUUCUAAUGUUGGUCAUUCUCAAGUUUGGAGGAAACUCCAAGUUUGGCAUCAAAGGACCAUCUUCUGUGAUCAGUAACGAUGAUGACUCGGCCUCUCCUCUUCACCAUGUCUCAAACGGCAGCAACACUCCCUCAUCCUCAGAGAUGGGCCCCGACGCGGUAAUCAUCGGCAUGACCAAGAUCCCGGUGAUAGAAAACCCUCAGUACUUCAGGAGCACAAACAGCCUGCUCAAAACCGACACAUUCGUCCAGCAUAUUAAGAGACACAACAUUGUGCUGAAGAGAGAGCUGGGAGAAGGAGCAUUUGGAAAAGUCUUCCUGGCCGAGUGUUACAACCUCUCACCUGACCUGGAGAAGAUACUGGUGGCCGUCAAGACACUUAAAGAGGCCAGUGAAAAUGCCAGGAAAGAUUUCCACCGUGAAGCUGAGCUGCUGACGAACCUUCAACAUGAACACAUUGUGACUUUCUAUGGAGUCUGCGUGGAGACCGACCCUCUCAUCAUGGUGUUUGAGUACAUGAAACAUGGAGACCUCAACAAGUUCCUCAGGGCUCACGGUCCAGAUGCGGUUCUGAUGGCAGAGGGCCAGACCACAAGACCUGUGGAGCUGACCCAGUCUCAGAUGCUGCACAUCGCCCAGCAGAUAGCAUCUGGCAUGGUCUACCUGGCAUCUCAGCACUUUGUGCACCGCGACCUGGCCACCAGGAACUGCCUGGUGGGCGAGAACCUGCUGGUAAAGAUUGGAGACUUUGGCAUGUCCAGAGACGUCUACAGCACUGACUACUACAGGGUAGGUGUCGGAGGUCACACCAUGCUGCCAAUCCGUUGGAUGCCCCCUGAAAGCAUCAUGUACAGAAAGUUCACCACAGAGAGUGAUGUUUGGAGUCUCGGAGUUGUUCUUUGGGAGAUCUUCACAUAUGGAAAACAGCCUUGGUACCAGCUCUCCAAUAAUGAGGUGAUAGAGUGUAUAACCCAGGGCAGGGUGCUGCAGCGCCCUCGGACCUGUCUUAAAGAAGUGUACGACCUGAUGCUGGGCUGCUGGCAGAGAGAGCCGCACAUGAGACUCAACAUCAAAGAAAUCCACAGUCUGCUCCUCAAUCUGGCCAAAGCCUCACCUGUAUACCUGGAUAUACUGGGCUGAACGCAGGAGGACAGAGGGUGUGUGUGUGUGUGUGUGUGUGUGUGUGUGUGUGUGUGUGUGUGUGUGUGUGUGUGUGUGUGUGUGUGUGUGUGUGUGCGCGUGCGUGUGUGUGCGCGCUAGGGUGGACACGGUUAUACCUGUGAAAGAAAUGAAGCGUGCGAUGCCCGUGUAAGUGCGUGUGUGCAAUGCACCGCUGUACAGGAUGUGAAGCUGUUAUCAUAAACUAUUUAAAAGGCAAUCAAAAAAUUCCUCAACUCAUCCCCAACCGUGUCUUUCCUCCCUGCCAAUUUCCUCUCCUUUGUGCAUCUUUACUCCCCUCCUUCCUUCCCGGAGAGACAUUUGCUAAGAGUAAUUUCACUUUGGAAGAGACAAAAAAGCUUCUUUUCAAAUGCUUCAAACUGACUGGGGCUAAAUUGAUGAUAUCCUGAUUAACGGGACUUUAAAUGUAUUGACUCAUCCCUCACUGCUUGUCGGACAACGGGACUCCUUCGAACAUCUGGAAAUUCAACAAGGAGCAGUGUUGGGAGGAUUUCCGGAAUCCUCGAUCCUUUCGUGUGUAAAUAUGAGACAUUUGAGACAUUUUCAGAGGAAGUGGCUCUGUGCGAUCUCGAGCCAUGAAGACACUGUGUUUUCCCCUCUCACACUGUCUGUUUGUCCGUCUCUCUGUCUGUCGCUCAGAACUGUACCUGAGUAUUAAUGUCAGCAUAACAUGGCCAGAGGAAAUGACGACACAGUUCAUGAUUAACACACCGGUACACUUACAGUAGAUUUACUGUAACAGAAAAAUUAGCAAAAAAAAAUAAAUCUGGUUUUCUGCCUGUCAGAUAAAAUUAGGAGGUGAGAUGACAAAAGAAGAAAACAAUCACUAACAAUACAGUGCCUACUGAAGCUGAACUGAACUGCUGUGGUGUUCCACUACACUGUAAUUGUAAAUACUAGAAAUGUAAAAAGCUUGAUCUAUCUGGCACUGAUCUAUUAUAUGUCCCCAUGCAACAGUCUGAUAUACAUGAUUAUAAGGAUAUAUGCGCUCAUAUCUGCAUACUGUUUUCUGUGACAUAUUUACUUUGCUCAGGCCCGGACUGCACGGUCAUACAGCACAGGGUAACAUGAUGACUACUUUCAUUUCCCCCAAAGUGACAGAUGCUUCACUUGUGAUGUCAAGCGCACGUGUCGGAGGUCAAUUGAUUCAUUUGUCCGCAGCUGUCUGACAAUCGUGAAGUCUUGAUGUUGGGGGUUGCUAAGGGAGUCUGGGUUUUGAGUGGUCAGAUCCCCGUCAGAAGUGUGGGCGGCGGCGCUGUAGAAGGUGUGGUUCAUUUGGUCAACCCAUAUUAAAUCAUCAAGGCUCUCAGCACUCAGACAUCCUUUAAAACCACAUCUGUGCUAGAGGGUAGGCACACAAGAACUCUCACACACACACACACACACACACACACACACACACACACAAACACACACUGUGUACCUUAUCCCGUCAUCCCUCCAUCUCCACACACACACACACACACACACACACACACACACACACACACACACACACACACACACACACACACACACAGGGAAAGACACUCAAAACGGGACAAGAAGGAAAUUGAAUUGUGCAUGUUUUAUUAUUUGAGAGGUGCAGUGCUUCAGCCAGGCCCCGUCCACUGUAAUGGUGUAAUGUAUAUUUCAUUACAGCCUAAUGGGCUCCAUUAGCACAGUCUCCUCACAGACAUUCAAGACUUAUUGUUUUAUGGCUGAGAAGUAAGGAUGGAGGAAUGGAGAGGAGAGGAGAGGAGAGGAGAGGAGAG